ACGUCAUUAAGCCCAUUGGCCACUGUGUGUGGACUCGUAACGAUGAGGUGCCGUGGUUGUUAGACGUGUCCGUUACUUUCAUACGGUCUUCACUCAGUCGUUGCGCUUUCGACGUUCGAAUUUUGUUUGCCCUGUGCUGAGAAGUCCGAUAAUUCUAAGAUGCAGUUCAAAUGGAUAUUGCUGUGCUUGUCUUUGGUUGCCGCGUCCACAGGUGUCGUGCGUGCCGAAGAUGAGAUUGACGCAGACGAAGAGAUGAUUGUCAGUGAGGACCAAGGAUUAGUCGAUUCAGAUGGCGAUGAGUCUACCAUCGAAGACUUGGAGCAGUCAGAUGCUGAUACAUACUUGCUGUUCACCAAACCGGUGUUCGAAGAAAAAGCCAGCAUUGAAUUACCAGCUGGUCGUUUGUCUGAAUUUCUUGUGGGAUUUACCAAUAAAGGAUCUAAUGAUUUAGUCUUGGAAACUUUGGAUGCUUCACUUCGUUACCCUAUGGAUUUCAAUUUCCACAUUCAAAAUUUCACUACUGUGUUGUUAGAAAAAACUAUUCCACCGGGAUCCCAGGCGACUCUUGGCUAUGCUUUCAUCCCAGCUGAUGCAUUUGCCGGACGUCCAUUUGGACUCAGCAUCAAUCUUGCUUAUAGAGACUAUGAAGGAAAACAAAUGAUUAGUAAAUUAUACAACGAUACUGUAAACAUCAUUGAAGUUGAAGAAGGUUUAGAUGGUGAAACUCUGUUUUUGUAUGUCUUAAUGGCUGCUGCGUGUGUUCUACUUUUGGUUGGUGGACAACAGUUUCUAUAUUCAGUGGGCAAAAAACGUGUUGGUGGUGGUCUACCAAGUCGCACUAGAGCAAAUUUGGAAACUGGAACAAAAAGUAGCAAACAAAUUGAUAUGGAUUGGGUUCCUAAGAAUGUUAUAAACCACCUAAAUAAACAAAAGGCACAAAGCCCGAAGCAAAAACGUGUGAAAAAAACAGAUUAAUCGAGCAAAGAAAGACUUAAACUCAUUCAUUUUUCACCAAUGAAUGUAUCAAUUAUGAAAUUCCUUCUUUAGAAGAUAAUUAAGUUCUAAAAAUGGCUGUUGUUAUUCCAUCUGACAACAUUGUGAGAUAUAAGAGUACAUUUUUAAAGUAUUCUAUUUUUGUUAUGUAAAUAGAUACUAAUUUAAUUGGUCUACAAUUGUAAUUAUUAAAUGUAUAGUUUUGUUUAUUAUAAUAAAUAAAAAACAAAAUUAUACUUGUAUGUUUAAUGUUAAAUUAUGUUUUUGUAUUGAUCAAUUUUGAAAUAACAUUUUUUAUCAUGCAGAUACAUAAAUAAUUUUGUUUUCGUAGUUUAUUAAUUUUGUGAAUACUAUUAUACAAUUUUAUACAUUAUAAAUUAUUCAUAUUUGUAUAAUACACUUAUUCUGAAAAUAAAUGUGUUUGGAAAAAUUAAAAUUUAACUUACAUUA